AAUUACAGAAAAUUUGUCCAAUAUUUCAGGAUAGUGAACUGACAUAUACCUUGAAACUUCCUAUUUAUUCACCUGAAAGCUUAACAGUGGAACACCAACAUGUUUUACCAUAUUUCCCUUGAGCAUGAAAUUCUGCUGCACCCACGAUACUUUGGGCCAAUGCUCUCGGAUACAGUUCGUCAGAUGCUCUUCACAGAAGUGGAAGGAACAUGCACUGGCAAGUACGGAUUUGUGAUUGCAGUGACCACUAUUGAUGACAUUGGCUCUGGCAUGGUGCAGCCAGGCCGAGGAUUUGUUCUAUACCCUAUCAAAUAUAAAGCCAUCGUGUUUCGGCCGUUUAAGGGGGAAGUUUUAGACGCCAUUGUAAGCCAAGUCAACAAGAUCGGUCUGUUUUGUGAGAUCGGCCCAAUGCAGUGCUUCAUCUCCAGACACGUGAGUCGUGCAACAGGGCUAGGUUCGAGGCUUUUUUUCCUUGUAUUUUAAAUAACUGUGGGAAUA